AUGUCGUUUGACAAUGUCGAUUUGGUAGCGGUGGGCGGCUUCAGAGGAGACGAAGCGGAGGUCGGAGUUGGCCGGAGCAGGGGUAGGGGGACCGGAGGCAGGGGCAGGGGGACCGGAGGUAGGGGCAGGGGGGCCGGAGGCAGGGCGAGAGGAUCCCUCGCCGGCUUCAGUUUGAAGGUGCCUGCGUUUGGGGCGAGGGGCCAUGGAGGGAUGAGGAGAAAGGCUCAGCUGAGAGGGAAGAGCAGGGGACUGGAGGGAGGAGAUAGGCGGUGUCGUGCAGGAGGGAAGAGCUGA